UUACACUUCUCAAGCAGGGGUUUAGAUGCAAAUGUUUGAUUGAAAUUAAUCAAAACAAAAUUAGUUUAAGAAUCAUGUCACCUACUCUAAAUGGGAGUUUAUGAUUGAUACCAUAAAACCAAACAAGCAAUAAAAUAUGCUUCAAUUGAGAACUUCCUGAUAUCAAAUUGUAGUUUCCUAUACCAAUUGUAUUAGAUACUAGAUAGUAACACUUUACUGAUUAAUUAGAAAUCAAUUAUGUUAUUAUUUAUAAAAUAGUAACGUGCAUGAGUAUUAAUUCAGCUUGCUAGCAUUAUGAGAAAUAUAUGCUUUUAUACAUUUGUUUGUUUCUAGACAGAUUUAUUAUUCCAUCUUAUUUUUAUAUCAUAAGUUUCAUACAAAUUGAGAUUCUUUAUUUGUCAUGCAGGUUUUGCCACCAUCAACAGGGCCAAAAUUUCCUUCAUUUGGAAUGUUGAAGCAUCUGGAGCUUGGCUUAGUUGCUGGUGAAAUUUUGUUAGGCAUACUUCUCAAGUCACCAAUUCUCAAGACUUUAAUUUUAAAGGGACUAAAAUCUAAAUUUGACAAAGAGCUUUUUAGCUCUGCUGAUGUGCCUGAGUGUUUGCAAAAUACCUUGGAGGUUGUGAAAUUUGGAGAAGUACAUGGACUUGAGCAUGAGUUGUGGUUAGCUAAAUUUGUGAUGGAAAAUGGUUUGGUCCUGAAGAGGAUGAGUUUCUCUGUUCCUUCCUGGUUAGGCAAUUUUAAUGCCAUUGAAGAAUUUAAAGAGAAGCUAUUCUCUUUCAAGAAACCUUUUAGUUUUGCUUUUGUUGAAUUCUCAUCUCUUCGAGUUCGAGGUUAGAUAAGUUUGUAACUACAUUUUGGUUUAGUUUCUAUGGUAAGGUACUUCAUUAAAGCACACAUGUUAUUAGUGCUAUUUCUAAAUGGGGUUUUUGGGUCCACCAUAUCUCAUUUAAAUGGUGUGAUUAAGACCAUUUUACUAUUUGGCAACUAUUAGAAUUUAGCAGUAGUAUUUCACUGGAAUUGGUUAUGUUGAACUUUG